AUGCUGAUACAAGAGGACGUAUGUUCUGAAGUGAAGGAAAGCCAGUUUGAAACACUAAAUAAGAUUAAACAACGGCUCAUUUCAAUCAAGACUCAAAAGACUUCAAGCGAUGAGCUCAUCGCUUUAUUCGAUUCUCUCUCUCAGAUACACGAUAACAUUCAAGGAACCGACAAUUUACGGGUUGUCGUCAAUGAUACUUUAGCAAUAUGGUUUUUGAAAGCUUCGAAGUUCUGUAUAGCUACAAAGGGCUGUAUCAAAAUCUCCAAACCAAAGAUAAUAGAAUUGUUUAACUAUGCGAUUGAUUUUCUUCAAGUGAGUAAAGGGCCACUAAUGAAUUCACUUAAAGCAUUAAUAGAUCGAAUGAUUCAAUUUGUUGGCUAUAUGAAUGACAGCGAUGUGAUAUUUUGCUCUUUUGUUGAUUCCGCCAUGCUGAUAGAUGAGAAUUCUAAGCAGAUGUAUCAUUUAAUAGAGACUUUAUCAAAGAAGCAUAAGUCAGAUUACAUUUCGAAAACGUUCCCUCACUUUGUAGGGUUUUGCAUCCAGAAUAUGUCAGCUACUUCUUUGGCCCCUUCAAUAGGUAAAUGCCUAGUCUCACUUUACAAGACUUCACAAUGGUGCGAUGAAGAAUGGGUAGGGCUAAUUACUGGUGGUUUAAAAGAUCCCGACCUAACAGAGAACUUACAGAAAUAUCUUCUCCCCAGCUUUGCAGCAGCUUUUCCAUCCCUUUUUUCCAAUAUUACUAGAUACAUUUUGUCAGAAGUUUCAGGUGACAGAGAAGCUGAUUUGGUGGUGAGCAUCCUAAGCAUAGGCAGGACGCUGUCUUCACCUAAUAUCCUUAACGAUGAUCUAGUUCCUAUAGAGUUUUUGACGAAUCUCUUAUAUCAUGAAAACUCUAAGUUUAGGUUGAACGCUCUAGCAUUAUUGUUAAACACUACCAAGACUUCAAAUCCAAUUCCGAAAGCCGCAUACGAGAUUGUUAUAAAGGGUGGUUUAAUACAAAUAUUCAUGGACGAUAGUGAUAAUGACGUGAGGGCAGAAUUUGUUUCAAUUUUGAAUAGAUUUUUGAUUUGGGUAAAGGGUUCAUUGCAUUCGUCUCAUAGGGCAUUGGAAAAGCUAAAAAAUGCAAACAUAGAAGUGAGUCAUGAGAAUAACUUGCGUCAAAACUUAGAAAAUGGCAGAACUUUCAUAUCCUUUUUAGUGGAGACUAUUCCAGUUUAUAUGCUUCCAGGCUCAACUUAUCCUGAAAUGAUCGUUAGCUAUAACUUACUCCAAAGUUUGAUAGAUCUAGAUUUCGACAGUCAAGAUCGAGAGAAAUUGUCUACUAGCGAUAAAAACUUUGUACAAUAUCCAUUUGACUUGACGAUUUAUACUCCAAAACUUAUAAGUUUCUUAAUUACUAAUAUUUUCAAUAAUUAUGACGAUAUUAGAAAUAUGAGCAGCUGCCUAUUAUUGAAGUGCCCUAAGAACUCUUUAGUGGAGUUCAUAUCUGUUAAUGAGACUGAACUAAUUGAGAUGGCGAUAAAUAUCUCAUUUGAAAUAAAGGGAAGAAAAUCAGACGGUGCCUCAAAAUUCUUUGAAUUCUUGACAAUUUAUUAUAUUAGGUUUCUUAGUAACGAUAAAAAAGUUAUGGAACUAGUUGAUUUGUUAGUCAGCACAUUAGAAACUGGUUUAAAAAACUUGGACCUUAUCAGCUUGUCGAAAGAGCUGCAGGUUCAUGAGUAUUUUGCCAGUAUAACGCAGAUCUUAGCAAUUUUGCUAGGUGAAAAAAGUUUCAAAAACUAUAUUUCUGAGCUAACUCCGAGUCUUAAGCGUUCUAUCUUUGUUCUCUGGGACAAGAUUGGGCCAGUAUUGUCAGGGCCUUUCGGCGAGGCGUAUGAUUCUUUAAACGAAAGGGCAAUUUUGAGUUUCAGCUGGAGAGCUUUGCAAUCUUCUAACCUGUUAUUGGUUUUACUUCAACGCACCUACAAAUUGGACAAAAUGAUAUCCGUCGAUGAUUUUUUGUCUUUUACAGUUCUAAUAAUUCUGCAAUUGAAUCAUAUCUCCCACAGGGGUGCUUUCAUGUCAGUUUAUCCUUCUUUCAUCUCCAGCUGUGAAAUAUGUCUUUCAGAAUUUGAAUUGAAGGAACACCCAAGGAAAUGGCUUCAAUCAAAUUUAGACUUGGUUACCUCAAAAUCUCAGUUAAUCAGCAGGAGAUCUGGUAGUUUACCAUAUUUGAUUACAGCAAUAUUAGUAGCUGAACAAAAGUCAUGCUCUUCUAAAGACUUAGCAAAAUAUGCAACUCAAAGGUUAUUUAAUAUUGCUGAAAUACCAUUGAAAUAUGACGAGAAAUUUGAUAUCCCUCAGGUUCAUGCUUUCAAUUGCUUACAGCAGAUCUUUGAUGAUACUGCAUUAAAUUCUGUAUGUCAAGACAUAUUAGCUUCCUCUUUAAACCUUGCGAUCACUAACUUCAGCUCACCGAGCUGGUCUAUAAGAAAUUGUUCUGUUAUGCUUUAUACAUCUUUAAGGCAAAAGGUGUUUGGAAAGACUAAAAUGGACUCCAAAUCAAGCAAAAUAAAUUCCAAAGUUUUUUUUGCAAGAUAUCAAGGUAUUCAAGUGAUACUUCUUGAAAGUUUAAAAACCUGUAUGAAUAAUGAACAGCUAACUUCAGCUCUAUUCCCAGCUCUAGAUAUCUUGGCAAAUUUGCAUUUCAGCGACGAUAUAUCGGUUUCGGAGUUUUAUCCAUUGCUUGAAAAGCUUUUGGGGAGUCCAAGUUGGAAUAUACGUCAAAUGGCUGCCCAUGCUUUAGUAGAGACAUUGGAGAAUGACAUAAUACUAGAAACAAUGAGUCGGAUGAUGUCCAAUUUUUCAGAAAUUUCCUUCAAUAAGAUUCAUGGCAAUCUAUUAUUUAUUCUUCAAGCAAUCAAAAGGUAUCAAUCUUCUGAUAAAAGUGAAGUGUCUUCACUGUUCGAACAGCUUCUGACGAAUUUUUUCAUUAACUUAUUUGGAAAAGGGAAGAACUUUCAUUGGGUGAUUUACGGUGCAUAUGUUAAUAUCGUGAUGGCUUUUUAUGAUGGAUCAAAUAAAGAGCUUUCCCGUACUCAUUUGAAUGCUCUUGGAAACUUCUUUCUAAAAAAUGUAACUUUUAAUUACCACCUAUUAGAUGGGGCGAGAGACGUCUGCAUGUCUUCAUUAUUGCAUCUUUUAGUUCAAGAGUAUACAAAGAAAAAGAAUUCGGAAGACGUGGUUGACUUAAUUUGUCUAGGUGUAACUUGUGAGUCCUCUUCUAUUCGGAUGAAGUCCCUACAAUUAGGACAAAGUAAUGCUCAAAUUUUAGGAGAGUGUCCUUAUUUCAUAGAUCUAUUAUGGAGCUCAAUAGAAAGAGAGCAAUUUGGCUUGCUUAAGUCAAAGGGAAUAGACUUAUUAUGUGAAAUUUCAAGUUAUAAGAUUGGGAAAAAAGAGGUUUCUUUGACGUCUACCUUAAGGGAACUCGUAACUGAAGGUUUGACCGUAGAUGCCAGAUGUUCUUCUUUAGUCUAUUUGGCCCUGAUAGGGUCAAUUCUACCGAAAGAAGACCUUACACUCGUUGUGCUGCUCGGUAAGGAACUUUAUGAUGACAAAAAUAUCUUCCAAAAGAGACUGGCAGCCAUUUCUGCAAUGGCCAGUGUUAUAAACAAAUCACAUUAUGAGCAUCAUUUAGAUCUCGAUGCUCUUUGUGUUUUAUUCUAUGGCUUAUAUGAUAAUGAAGAAGAAAUACGGCUCCAAUCUUCUCGUAGCUUGUCGAAGCUCUUCGGACAGAAAUAUCCGAUGUCCCCUCAAGCUGUUAUCAAAAGUUUUGAAACAGAGAUUCAAUCUCUCUUAGAUCCAACCUGUUUUCAGAUUUUGGCGACAACAAUAUUCCUCUCUCAAGGAACUAACAAAUUAGUCAAGGUCUUACCUUCUAGUGUCGACAACGACUUUCUUGAUUGGGAGGAUAUUAAUCUAUAUAAGAACAGAUUCCGACUAGCACAGGUGAUUUCUUCGAUGAUAUCUAAAGCACACCUUUCAAAUUCCAAUAUACUGAAGUUAACACAGAGGGCAUUAGAGGAGCUAGAGCAAAUUAUAGACAUUAUGCAUCGCAAACAGUCCGAUGGAAUAAUUGGUUGGUCUAUUGAUAAAUUUUAUUUCAAUGUCGUACUGAUUGCAUUAAUUGACAUCCACGCUGUUCUACAUGUUUCCUCUAACCAUGAAAUUCAAGCUAAGUUAGAGCUGUUCAGAGGUCUUUGCAAGAAAUACAAGUUAAAUUCUAUUUUUGACGUGUUUUUUUUGCAAUUGAUGCCAUAG